GCGAGCACGUGGCCGUCAACCUCUAUCCCCACAACCGGUACCAGAGCGAUCUCCUGGCAGACCUCAUUGACGCUUAUAACUGGCGGAAGAUGACUAUAAUGUACCAGGAUGAAGAAGCACUCCUAAGAAUUCAGCAUAUUCUGGAGGCUUCGAGGGGUGAGCUCACCAUCCGGAAAAUACAUCAUGAAAACAUUAACAUUGUACUCAAAGAAGUCAAGAGGUCUGGUACCUACAGAGUCGUUAUUGACUGCGGUUAUGAUUUGCUUCGAGAAAUACUAGAAAGGUUACUUGAGUUACAGAUGCUACGGAGUCACUACCAUUACAUAUUCACAUCAAUGGACCUUUGCUUAAUGGAUGUAGCUCGUUACGGCCAGGAUUCGGUCAACAUGACGACAAUACAUCUCAUGAAUAUGAAGAGCAAACGGGUUCAGACUCUAACGAAAGAGUGGAGACACUACCAGGCCCUCAACGGCUUCCCUUACAAUGAGACACUAUUUACGACGGAGGCAGCACUUAUGUUUGAUGCCGUCAACGUGGCGAAGCGAGCGCUGCACAGCGUCGGGCAGACCAAGCCCGUCUCGACCGCUGAGUUGUCUUGCAACUCCGGUCAGCAGCCGUGGGACCUGGGUCUGAGCUACUUCAACGCAUUGAAAUCGGUUGACAUGCCUGAAGGGCUGACUGGUGAGAUCCGAUUCGACAUACACGGUGAACGAGACAACCCUAGCUACUUCAUCUCUGAGUUGGGUCCCUUAGGAAUGGAACAGAUUGGAACUUGGGACUCCAUUCAAGGCUUUGAGUUCAGACGGAAGGUGGAUGAUCGAACAAACGAAACCGGCACCAACAGAACUUACAAAGUCACAACCAUCUUGGAAAGCCCCUACGUCAUGAUGCGGGAGACUGCGGAAGGGGUUGAACUUCAUGGCAAUGAACAGUUCGAGGGUUAUUGCAUCGAUCUCCUCGAGCUAAUCGCUAAGGACAUUGGCUUCAAGUACGAGAUUCAGUUGGUCGAGGAUGGCAACUACGGAGCGGAGGUAGACGGUACAUGGAACGGUAUGAUCGGCGAGCUCAUCAGCGGGAAGGCAGACUUGGUUGUAGCACCUCUUACCAUCAGCUACGUCCGGGAGCAGGUAGUAGACUUCUCCAAGCCCUACAUGCAUCUGGGCAUCACCAUCCUGUACCGGGUUCCGAUGCCUCAGAACCCGGGUGUGUUCUCCUUCCUCAACCCGCUCUCCUUCGAUAUCUGGAUGUAUGUGGUCAUCGCGUUCCUGGUGGUUGCCUUGACCAUGUUCCUCCUGGCCCGGUUCAGCCCUUACGAAUGGUACAACGAACACCCCUGUAACCCUGACUAUGACAAGGUGGAGAAUCAGUUUAACCUCCUUAGCUGUAUCUGGUUUGCGUUUGGAGGCCUAAUGCAGCAGGGAUCGGAGGUCAAUCCGAAGGCCUUCUCUACCCGGGUACUCAGUGGCUUCUGGUGGUUCUUCUCUCUCAUCCUAGUGUCCUCCUACACCGCCAACCUGGCCGCUUUCCUCACAGUCGAGAGGAUGGUCUCGGAGAUCGAGAGUGCCGACGACUUGGCAAAACAGACCAAGAUUGAGUACGGAACGAGAAAUAGUGGCUCGUCCCACACAUUUUUUAAGCGUUCAAAUAUUGAAACCUACAAGGCGAUGUGGGAGUUCAUGAGCUCACGCCCCAGCGUGUUCAUGAACACGUAUGACGAGGGAAUUACCCGCGUACUGCAUAAGAAGAAUUAUGCCUUCUUGAUGGAGUCCACCGUGGCUGAAUAUGUGGUGGCAAGAUACUGUAAAAACCUGACAACCAUUGGGGGAUUGUUAAACUCAAGAGGUUAUGGUAUCGGCACACCGUUAGGUUCGAAGCUGAGAGACAAGAUUACCUCCUCGGUGCUUCGGUUACAAGAGAACGAGAAGUUGAUUAAUUUAAAGAACGAAUGGUGGAAGACGGGCCAGUGCGUUAUGGACAGCGUCAAUAAUUCAGACGCCAACGAGCUUGGACUGGAAAAUAUAGGCGGCAUAUUUCUGGUUCUUAUAGCAGGCGUUAUACUGGGGAUACUCGUUGCUAUAGCAGAAUUCAUAUGGAAGUCGAGGCAGAAUGCUGAAAUAGACCGGGUAUGA